CGGAGCGUCGUUGCCGGUAGAAGGACACAUCAGGCGAAGACAAGUGCUCUUGCUGAAAGUUGUCGAAAGACUUUCGUGCGACUUAAUCAGACGUGUUGCGAUAACUCAGUGCGCGUUUUGUUGUUUGGAGCCAAAGGACGCGAGUGUAAAUAAUUUAAAGUAAAUAUACUGCGAAUAUACCGAAAUCGUUGAUGAAGUGAAGUUGUGGAGAAUUAAUUGAAUAAAAGUGGAAAAAUGGUUUACAAAAAUUUUCAAAAAAACGAAAUAAAUAAACAAAUAAAAGUAAAACAAAGUAACAGAAAAGUUAGGCCAACAAAAAAUACGCAGAUAAAUUAAAAACCAAAAGGCCAGAAAAUAGUGAACAAAGUGAAAAUGAUAACGAAGGGAAAAUAUAAAGAAAGAAAGCACUGUAACUUAUCGCACAGCACAAAAGCACUGACCGAUUGUCUGCUUGGUCAGUUGAGCGUGAAAAUGUGAAGAAUUUGCAUUGGUCAAAAUGAAAGAUUUCUGAAAAAAGUUUGCAGUGAGUGAAACCUGAAAGAAUGUGAAACGGAAUUGCGCUUGUGAAAUCAUAUUAAAAUUUUACGAAUACCCAAGCUACAUAAAGCAAAAAAAUAAAAUAAAAACAAGAAGUAGUGUUAUAACAGCAAUAAUAACAGAAACGAGUUAUGAAAACUCAAGCGGUGCGGUCUACAUAGGCGCAUACAACUGCAGCAAGCAACACUACAACACACAACAACAACAUAAUGUUACUCAAAAGCAUGCAAGCACAGUUAACCCCCACCAAAACACACCUACCCACCCCACACCUCAAGAAAAAAUCCACAAACAACUAUUUUACACUAAAUGCGAUGCUCAGUGAGCUGCAGUGGACCCAAUCUGCUUGUAAUUACUGGCAACGAAAAUGUCUAGCCAACACCGACGACCUCCAUCUGCAACAACGCCACAUGUGAACGAUACGCAAAGUAACGGUACAGCGACUGAGCAUAAAGCGAAAAGUGUUGAUGAUGAUGAAACAGUAUUAGUGGAAGUCACAGCGCCCGUCAGCAAGCAUAGUACCCAGUGCACGGCUAGAGCCAAUAAAACGCGAAGAGUUGGGGAUAAAGUUUGUGACACGCCGCAGACGAGUGACCAACACGAAGUAAAGGAUAACAAUAACUGCCAAACGGGGCGGCGAAAUACUGUUGGCAGCGGCAAGUCUGAUAGCACAGUCGCCAGCGAAAAUGCCGCCACGCUAGGUGUGAGUUUGAAAACAUCAAUCUACGACUGGGACUCGCCCAGCUCAUGUACCGGCACAGUGAAGAGGCGGAACCGACGUCCACAUACAGUAGCAAGCGCAUCCCUACAGCUGCCACGAAGCUUGGGUCAUGCGAAGGUACAACAGAAUGCAGCUUCCGAAAACACCGCACUCUCAGUGAAAGCUUUGACGUCUAAAAAAGCUGCGGCGAACACUGAGCUGAAAACCACCGAAGACAACCAAGUAAAUAUUUGUGAUAAUAAACGAAACAAUAAUGCAAUUAAUGAAAGCCAGAAGUCUGUGGCGGAGGUGAGUAGAAAGUUGCGACGACGAACGAUACACAACGGAGUAACGGUUCCACCGCCACCACAAUGUAUACAUAAAUCUGCAACGAAGUUACAAAGCAACAUGCCGAAGUCACAACGUCAGGGUAAAGAAAAAACUAAUAAGCUGCGACACAGCAAGUCCUUAGCCGGCGCAGAUCGGAACGCAAAUAAUGCUACGAGUGCGUCUUCGCCCACUGGUGACUUCAGCGCCGAUCAUAAUCCAUUAACAGCGUCAAUACACUCGCAUAACAGCGCACCCGGCACAAUACCGAAGUCUGCUGGCGCGUCCACAUUGCACGCCUCGCAACCGCAUAUCAAUCGUAAUCUUUGCAACGACUCAUUUACGCACACGCAGGAUUUUCGCGAUGAUCCGAACGCCAUACGUGACGCUAACUACAUGGAAUUGAACUUCUACAAUGGUCGCUAUACAGGCGCUGACUCGACACAAUUUACUGAGCUCUUUUGUGACUUUCCCGUGAGCUAUGAGUCGACGACGGUCAUUACGAACUCACAGUUCGCGAAAUGCGGUAUGUCGGCACAGCACUCACCACAGCCACCGCCUUAUCGUGAGCCACCACCACCGACGCCGCCACCGAUCUCGCAAAUGCCAACGCGCGAUUCGCGCUACCUCGCAAUGCAAACCUCUGCCGAGGGUGGUGUCUCACUGUCGGCACCAGCGACACCUUCGCGCGGUAAGGUUGUGCUCAGCAAGAAGGAACGCAAGGAGUUGAGCAAGUUGAAUGCGCGUUUGGGUGUAUAUGAUGGUAGCGAGCAUGCGGGCGGGAGUGCGAGUGCGCAGUCAAGUCCCUAUAAAGGUCGCGUGUCUGAGCUGAAGAAUUGCUUGGCGCGUGGUUUAUUUGCAUCACUCAGUCGCGGUUCGCAGAAGUCGCUUGCAGCGAGUAGCGUGACGCAGGAUGAUGUCACAUCCUCGUCGAAUGAGGUCUCACCACCGCCACCGGCGCCACCUGAUGCCAGCCCACCGAACUCGAAUGCUUCGAAUAAUAAUGAUGCGGACUACAGUGAGAAAUUGAAAAAUUUGCCGGUGCGUCAGCGUAAGACACACGUGUCCCAUAUGGACAACUACUGUUUAUUCGAUCCCGUCGACUUUAUCAAUGAGAAAGCUAUGCGUCAACGGACACAUGAGCAGUUAGGUGGCCUGUUCGAGCCAUCACCAGUACAUGGUCUACGUGAUCCGUUAUUUAGUUCGCGUCAAAACUUGAAUUUUAGUGAAGAAGAAAUUGUGCCCGAGGUGAUAUACAAUGAGGAACUGCCGGCGGAGGAAGACACGCUCGUUGUAGAGGUGACAUUCGAGGAGGCGUGCGGCGGUGCAGCGAAUACAGCGAAUUUCGAUCAUCACAACUACUUUGUCAUUGAUCCUGAUGACUUUGAAGAGGAACCCAUAGCCGAUAUUGGCAUACCAAAUCCAUAUACUAAUGAACAACUAGUACAUGCUAAUUUAGAGGCAUUGGCGGUACAGACCGUUCCAAAUACCGUCGAGCCCAUGUUACGUGAGUCCGCCAGUUUUGAGCAGCUACUCGAAGUUCUCGAUGCAGCGCCAAGCAUGUCGAAUAGCCAGGAAUCAAAGGACACAAAUACCACUGCCUCCACCACUACAACUACAUCUACUGCCCUCGUAGAAUCUUCCACCUCAACUAACUCAACGAGCUCGUCCACCUCAGCGACGUCUUCGCAAACGACGCUGCAACGCACAAAAAAGCGUUUAACGUUCCUAAAUCUUUCACCGUUUCGCUCGUCGAAACAUUCGUCUGCUAACGGCAGCACAGACAACGCGAAUGAUAAGCGCGGCAAGCGUUCCGCGGGCAAUGACAAUAAAAUGAACAGCUCCUCUAUUUCCGACGGUGCCGGUGUAUUAAGCAUCGAACAGCGUGCCGUCUCGGAGCUUGUCAGUUCAGAACAUAUGCUUCAUUUGCAGCAUAUGUUGCUGGACGGUAAGGAACAUUUACGCGCGCGUACAGUGCCAAUCGAAUCGAAUUAUGUCCUAUUCAAUCCGGGUCCAGUACCGAGUCGUAAUGUGCCGUAUAAAAUACGUAAGCCGCGUCCACUGUCCUCGCACAGUGAUGCGGAUAGUGGCUUCUUGAGUCCCUGUUCGCCCGAUGAACUGUCGGCUUUGAAAUUUAAUUCGGCGAUUUUGGUGCUCCAACAAUGCGAUAGCGUACAGGGAUACAUUGAGAUUUACACCGACUGGGCCAACUAUUAUCUCGAGCGUGCCAAAUCCAAAAAGAAAGUCACCGAUUUGUCAGCAGACUGUCGCGAUGGUUUGCUACUCGCGGAAGUCAUUGAAGCGGUGACGUCGUUUAAAGUGCCCGAUUUGGUGAAAAAGCCGAAAAAUCAGCAACAAAUGUAUGACAACGUUAACUCAUGCCUGAAUGUGCUGCGCACACAGGCGGUUUGUGGCUUGGAUAACAUCACCACCAAUGACAUUUGUGCUGGUCGUUUGAAAGCAGUCUUGGCGCUCUUUUUUGCGCUCAGCCGCUACAAACAACAAUCGAAACAACUGUCGACGAGCACAACGCCAAAUGCGAAUGUUGUAUUGGGCACAACAAAUACAACGACUAACAAUACAAACUCGGCUGCCACAACAAACAAUACAGCGGCUACAGGCGCGACGACUGGCGCCAGUAAUCAGCAGCAGCAACAAAACCAGCAACAGCAGCAGCAUCUGCAGAACGGCAAUGAAACCAUGUUGAAUAGACAAAUACCCACCGCUUACUCCAAGGCCAAUGGUGGCACUGCCAUACCGCUGCCCGCCACUGUUAUGGUGCAACGCCGCUGCCCACCGGACAAAGUACGACCACUGCCACCGACACCAAAUCACACGCCAUCCAUACCCGGUUUAGGAAAAAGUGGCGUUGACUUUAAUAGCGGGCGACCGAAUAGUCCGCCAACCACUAAUCAUACCAUACAAAGUCUGAAAACUGGCAAUAACAAUGGCCUACGCCCGCCAACGGCUAAAGCCACGCACGCUAGCGGCAUACCGCCACCGAGUGGCAUACCCGCUGCCGCUGGCAAUAUGGGACCAACGCUGCCACAGCAAAAGCACUCCAUGCUUGACAAGCUUAAGUUGUUCAACAAAGAGAAACAACAACAACAGAACGCAGCUAAUGCCGCCUCCACCAAGAUGCAGGUGCAAUCGAAGCGCACUUCCUCAUCUUCGGGUUUCUCAUCGGCGCGCUCCGAACGCUCGGACUCUUCGCUGAGCCUCAACGAUGGACACAUAUCACAAAUCAAGCCACCAGCAGUCAGUGUAACAUCUGGCAAGAGCAAAAUCAAUACCAAACAAUCUAAACUGAUGGCGGCACAACUGAAAAAAGAGCAGACAAAAGUCAGCAAGCUGGACAAGAAGGAAAAGAGUCCAGCGCGCUCGCUAAAUAAGGAGGACUUCAGUGGUGAGAGUCGAAACUCAACAAUGGGACGCGCCAAAAACUCACUGCCGCGUGUUACUGAAAAGAACUCGAUCAAAUCUUCCUCCAAGGGCUCACUGAAUUCCAAGUCAGACUCAAAGUCCUCAUUGAUAGUGCCGCCCACGAAGGGGCUCUGCAGCCCCAAUGGCUCAAACACCGGUCUACCCAAACCAAUUGCCGCCAUAAAAGGCACAAGUAAACUGCCGCAAUCGCCUUUGGGUGGCGUUAGUGGCAGCGCCGACAAUCGUGUCCGUGGCAUAAGCAACUCAAAUUCGCAGCAGGAGAUGAUGAAGCGUGAAAAGAGUGACAUAUCAAGCAUGCAUGCAAACAUAUCUAGUGAGAACGCUAAAGCGAAAGAACUAACACAACAACAGCAACAACAACAACAUCAGCAGCAACAACAUCAACCACAUAUCGUGAAACCGGUGCCGAUACUACCGGAGCCCGGCAGCAAGCCACCAUAUUACGCUAACGCCACAAACAUAUCACAGCAACAGCAGCACCAACUGCAGCUACAACAACAACGCCAGCAGCAAUAUCAACAGCAACAGCAAGCUUAUUACAAUCAACAACAACAGCAGCAGCAACAACAACAAGAUCAUGCCACAUAUGUGAACAACAGUCGUCUGCCGCCGCCAAAAUCCGCCACUUCACCUUCCGGCAACGCGCCAGCUGCGCGCAAACUUGAAUACAACGCCGGUCCGGGUAUACUCGCUUCACCACAGCGCUCGCCACUACGCGGUAACGCACAAUCACCUGACUCGCCGUCCGCACAUCAACACCAUCACGCGAACGCCAAGUUCCACACAAUACCCUCCAGAAUAGACACAAUCUAUGAGGAGAAGAAACCGACAAGCCUGCUGCCAAUGCCUCCAUUACUGCGUGGCUACAAUUCGCAUGUGACACUGCCGACGCGCGGUGUACGCGGCGGUGGCACGCGGAAUUAUGUGACCGAUUUCAUGGAAGCGGAAAUAAAUCAAGGUUACUGCAGCGAUGGCGAUUCGUUGAGGGUGAGCGCCUCAGCGCGCUUAGCGCAACGCGCAGCCGCAACAGCGAGACGCUAUCACGACAUAGAUAACGGUUAUUUGUCGGAAGGCAGCGGUAGUGUUGGACAUCAUGGCAUGCUCAUGGCUGGCGGCAUUAGCUCGGCGGCGCAUACCAAACACUUUUUGAGCAUGAUGCGCGCGCGGACCCAACUACCGACGACCAUCGAAGAACGCAUACGCAACAGCCGUGGCAGUCUCGAUAGCAUCGGCACUGCACCCCCUUCAUCGGCUGCCUCACAGGCCAGCUCAAGCGGUGGCUCGAACCCAAAAAUGGACAGCAACAGUGGUGGCGGUGGAGGCGGCGGCGGUUCUGGCAACACCAGCGCCAAUGCAAGUCCACAACAUCACACACAUGCUCAGCACGCGCAACACAUGCAGCAGCACCAUUCCGCCGGUGUGGUGGGCGUACAUCGCUCGAACUCACGAAAUGGGCGUGACAACUGGACAAAAAUGCCGGAGCCACUGAACGGACACAAUAAAGGUGAAAAAUCUGAAAAGUCAUCGCCGUCAAGGCGCAGCAUGGGCGGUGGUAGUGGUAGCUCUUCCAAACAAGGUUCACCAUCGGGUCGCACUAAGGGUGUACCGCCCAGUUUUGGCUAUGUUAAGCGCACGAAUGGGAGUGCCACAGCAACGGCGGAACAACAGAAUAUCGCAAUGAUGGGCGCAGCCUUGAUGAACGCAGGCGGUGGUCAGCCAAAUGGCGGUGGUGGUGGUUCGCCGGGUGGCAUGUGUGGCGGCGUUGGACGUACAGCACACGUUUCCGCAGUGCCGCGUACUGCCACAGGUGCGGGAGGACGGAAAGUUUCUGGCGGAACGCAGACAUUGCCCAACGAUAUGACAAAACUUCCUCCCAACACUCAACAUCGUAGCUUUUCUUUAACUGGACCCGGCGCAACACAGCUCAGCCAAUCAAUACGCGAACGCCUCGCUACUGGAUCGCACAGUUUACCCAAGCCGGGCACAGACUUACAUCUAUUUCAACACAGAAUAUCAAAUCGUCCUGGCAAAAUGAUCGAUGGCUCACUCUCGGACACGCAAACCUACGCCGAAGUCAAGCCCGAGUACAGCACAUACGCCAUGUGGCUGAAGCACAGCAACACGGCGGGCAGUCGUCUAUCCGAGGGCGAUUCGCUGGAGAAUAUGCAAAUCGGUUCGCCGGCCAUGUCACGCCACAGCCAUAAAAUGUUGCAACAUCGCAAUGCUGCCGCAGCCGUUGCAGCAGCGGCGGCAGCUGCAGCCGCACAGGGCAGUGGCAUGCAGCAAGCGGGCGGUGCUGGUGGUGGCGGUGUGGCGGCCACCGGUGCGGGCAAUGAGUCGCCAUAUGUGCAGAGCCCACGACUGAAUCGCAGCAACAGCAUUAGCUACUUGAAAGAACGGACAUAUCCAAGAUCCACCAAAUCGGAAAAAAUGUACCCUUCGAUGUUGAGUCGCGGCCCCGAUGUCGAAAUCGAACCCUACUACUGCCUGCCUGUGGGCACAAUAACCGCACAAAAUGGCUCGUUGGCAGCUCAAAUGGCCGCUGCAGCAGCGGCAGCAAUGUCACAGGUCACUGGACAGCCAACGGCGGGUGCUGGCGGCGCCCCCGUGGCCUGGAGUCAACCGACUUCACCCACACCCAUUAGUCGCGGCUUCGGUGGCACACUCUCACCCACACAUCCAGCCGGCAUGCCUGGUCUGGUCGGCCUGGUGGGAGCGCCGGGCAGCGCCAACGCCAAUGUGGCAGGUCACCGUCUCACAUAUCCUAAGAAGAAUGAUGAGGUGCAUGGCAGCGCCGCAUCGUUGCUCUCCGGUGGCAGUUCGUUGUACGGUUCAGCUGAGGAGCGUCAAGCGAACGAGAUACGUCGCUUAAAGCGUGAAUUAUUGGAUGCGCGCGAACAGGUACUGAGCUUGAGCAGUCAACUGUCAACAAAUGCUCAUGUGGUCGCCGCGUUUGAGCAGUCGCUCUCCAACAUGACGUCACGCCUGCAACAUCUAACCGCAACGGCCGAGCGCAAGGAUGGCGAGCUAACCGACAUGCGGCAAACAAUCGAGCUGCUGCGCAAGCAGUCCAUACAAGCAGGUCUUACUUCGGCGCAUAUGCAAAGUAUGGGCGUGCAGACGCAGCAACAUGAACAACAGCAGCAACAGCUUGGCCGCACCGCCAUCACCCAGCAGCCGAUGUCAAAUCAAAAUGGCAUUACUAAUGGCACAGCCUCAUCGACGCCAUCAUCUACUACAACCGGUGUUAUGCAACGCCAUCACAGCUCCGAUUCGAUGUGCUCUUUGAACUCCAUUAGUUCCGGCUGUUCGGCGCAGGAUAAGAAGCAGAAGAAGAAGGGUUGGUUACGUAGCUCCUUCACCAAAGCAUUCUCACGCAAUGCCAAAAUAUCAAAGACUAGUCGGCACGCCGGCCAUCAUCAUGUCGGCGCAGCCGGCAGCACUGCCAAUAAUGUCGGCGGUCAAGUAAUGCAUGGCUUACAUGGCGACAACAGCACAGUUUAUAACAAAGUUAAUGGUCAUAGUCACGCCGAGGCGGUUGUUGGUUUGGCUGCGUUGGCUACACAGCCUGCGCCGCCACUGCCCGCAGCCAAUGCCUCACCGACGAAAGGCAGUCCGGCAAAGACAGUAACAUUGAUAGAUAAUGCGAAACCGAUCGACGCAAUAGACCACGAGGAUCAUCAGGUAGUGGAAGACCUGAAGAAGCAAUUACGUGAGAAGGACUUAGUAUUGACCGAUAUUCGUUUAGAGGCGCUCAGUUCAGCAUCACAAUUGGAGAGUCUCAAGGAGACGGUAAAUAAAAUGCGCGCCGAGAUGAUGUCGCUGAAACAAAAUAAUGAACGCCUACAAAAGCUGGUAACUAGCCGUUCUUUGGCGGGCUCAGAGGCUUCGUUGGGUAAUGCUAUUAGUCCAAGCGGUUCCAUAGGAGAGUCACGACGUUACUCCUUAGCCGAUGGCAAUGCGCGGCCACCAAUGGAGUUGCCAAAGCGUUUGGAAGAGGAAGUCGAAGAGGAGAACAUACCGCCGGCACCAGCACCUGAACCACCACCGCCGCCACUAAGUCCCUCCACACAUAUCGAUCUUACGCCACCGCCACCCGCACUCGACACUAUGCCCAGCCCAGCGCAUAUUGCAUCCGCUGCAGUUGAAGAGCUGCCCGAUGUGACUGAUGGCAAAAAGAUCGCAAUCGCUUGUUAUCUGGGACAGCCAGAGUCAUUUGUUAAAUACUGCGAAGAGAUGCUUGAGGCAGAUGAGUUCUAUGCAAACGGCGUCGAUGCGGAUGCCAUCAAUGAGCGUAAGUCCUUUCCGACAGCCAGUUUAAACGAAUUUGUCGUCGCCUAUACAUACAUCUCGGGCAAGACCACCUGGCAGAAUUUAGACUAUAUUGUGCGCAAAACUUUCAAGGAUUACGUGUCGCGCAUCGAUCCCGGCACCAAUUUGGGUUUGAACACAGACUCAAUCACAUCCUAUCACUUGGGUGAGGCAAAGCGUGGUCCGGAAAUGGGCUUUCCCGAAUUAUUGCCUUGCGGUUACAUCAUCGGCAAUGUACGCACGUUGUAUAUCUGUCUGCAAGGUGUUGGUAGUCUCGCCUUCGACAGCUUGAUACCACGCAGCAUCGUGCAUCGCUACAUUAGUUUGCUGACCGAACAUCGUCGUUUGAUUCUGUGCGGCCCUAGUGGCACAGGUAAAUCCUAUUUGGCGCGCAGGUUAGCGGAGUUUCUGGUAGCGCGCACCGGACGUGGCAAUCCUUCCGAAGCGAUUGCGACAUUCAACGUCGAUCAUAAGUCUUCUAAGGAGCUGCGACAAUAUUUAGGCCAUAUAGCCGAGCAGGCAGCCAUUGCGAAUGGCGCUUCCGAACUACCAUCUGUGAUCAUAUUGGAUAAUCUACAUCACGCUUCAGCUUUGGGUGAUGUCUUUUCGUGCUUGCUAAGCGCGGGUCCCGCCGGCAAGUUGCCCUGUAUAAUUGGCACCAUGUCGCAGGCCACUUGCAAUACAACUAAUCUGCAAUUACAUCACAAUUUCCGUUGGGUACUCACUGCCAACCACAUGGAACCAGUAAAAGGCUUCCUCGGCCGCUUUCUGCGUCGCCGUCUUUUCCAACUUGAACUACAGACUGGCCAUCCACAACCCGAACUGGCCACUGUACUGGCAUGGUUGCCUAGCGUUUGGCAGCAUAUAAACCGCUUCUUGGAAGCACAUAGUUCCAGUGAUGUAACCAUCGGUCCGCGACUCUUCCUCGCCUGCCCAUUGGACUUGAAGGACUCACAGGUGUGGUUUACCGACAUCUGGAACUAUCACUUAUCACCAUAUCUGGUGGAGGCGGUGCGCGAGGGCGUACAAUUGUAUGGGCGACGUGGUGGCGCCUGGAAUGAUCCAUCGAUUUUCAUACGCAACUCAUAUCCAUGGCCAUAUGGACCCGAUUCAGUACCACCGCUGCGUCAAAUCAAUGCGGAGGAUGUCGGACUGGAAGGUGUGGCGGCUAGCAAUGGCGAUAACCCGGAUCCACUGUUGAACAUGCUUAUGCGUCUACAAGAGGCUGCGAAUUACUCCGAAAACCAAGAACAGGAGUCUGAUUGUGCGAGCUUAGACUCGAACGUUACACCCGACAGCUCGGCGGGCGCUGAGUAAACGCCAGUUUAGUGUCACGGAAUUGCAGUUACCGACGGCAACGGACUUUGAGUCCUUAGUAAACUAAUCAAACACUAAAUACCUACUUACCUAACUAUAUACAAACAUUAUACAUACAUAUUCGCUAAAAAUCAAACAUUCAUAUGCAUGGCUUUGUAUAUUUGUAAGUAUAUUUAUGUGCGUAUUGGAUAUUUUGUAAAUUAUGAAGUCAAACGCGACUUUUGUUUAGGGAAUGCAACACUGAUUUUAACUGCAAUUUAGGUAUACAUAACUACAUAUAUGAUUUAUAUGUUAUAUUAUAUAUGUAUGCGUGUGUAAUUUAUAAACUAGUGUAAAAAUCAAAUCAUUGCCAAGCGCUGAGCUCAGUUUUAGGGCACUGAAAUGUGAACAAGAAUUUUAUUUUUUUUUAUUUUGUUUUUAAUUUUUUUUUAUUCUUUUUCUUAUUUUUUUUAUUUUUUUUUAUUUUUUUUUAUUUUCAAACCACUCAUUAUUGAAUUUAAAAAUUUUUUAAAUUAUUUUUUCAAUUUAAAAAAUUUUCUAAUACUCGAAAAGUGUCUCUCAUCAGCUAAAAAAUACUCAACUUAAUAUUAAUUAUUUUCAAAUAAUAAAAAUAUGCUUUAAUCGCGUACAACAAACGGUAAAUAGAAAAAACACAUUUCAAUAAAGAAUAAAAAUAUACAAUAUGUGUAUACAUAUACAUACAUACAUAUGGACAUCUCACUUAGAGUCAAAAACUCUUAACUGUUAUUAUGAAUUAUUAAGUAAAAUGUUAAUUUGAUUUUUGCCUUUUUUUUUGACUGUACAAAUAAAAUUUCUUGCACUACUUUCGGCACUCAAUCGCACGAUUCAAAGAAAGCAGUUAUAUUUAAGAAAAUUUUAUUUGUCACGAAUCACAGGCAGCACAUUGUACAAUGUUUCCAAAACGUUUAAAAAAAUCCUUUGAAAAUUGUACUAAAAAAUUGCACUUUUAAACGCACUUGUUAAAAAUGCAAAUUAUAGACCACUAUUAAGCUGCCUAAGUUUUGUUUGAGUAAAGUUUUUUUUUAGUUUUUGUUAUUUUCCAAACACUACUGUUCAUAGUUAUUAUUAUUUUGGUUAUUGUUGACAUGCACAAAGUUUAAAGUUUUUUUAAGAGUCUGAGAAGAUUCAAACUAAAUUGAGUUAAUUUUUUUUUUUGAAAAAGUAAACAAUUUAUUUCAAUUUUUUUUAUUUUAGUUUUUAUCCUCAGUUUUUAAAUUAUUCCUAAUUUUUUAAAUUAUUUAUAAUUUUAAUUUAUUUUAUAAUUAAAUUUUUUUUGUUUUUUUUUUUUGGUUAAUUAAAAUUUAUAUCAAGUUUUAUCUGAUUUUAAUUAUUUAAAUUAUUCUCAAUUUUAUUUAAUUUUUUAUAAUCAGUUAUAUUUUAUAUUUACUCUUGUUCACAUUUUAUCGUCAAAACCAUAAUAUGCAUUUUUCAUUAAUGUAAUGCUUUUAAGAGCUAACCAUAAUAAAAAGUCAUUCCACAAAAUUCAAUUGCAUACAAACAUAUUAGCCUCUACAGUAGCGUGAAAAAUAAAAUACUGAGCACAUAGAAAACGAGAUACAAUCCAAAAACAUACAAAUUAGCAAAAACCAAAUCAAAAUUGCAAUACCUACGCAAAUCAGUGAUUAUCAACAAAUCCUGCGCAUACAUACACAUAUUUAUAUACUUAUAAUAGAUAAUCCAAAAUAAGACAGUUCAAUGCAAAGAUGAAAACUAGCUAAAAUAUAAAUUUUAAAUGUCUAUUGAUAAUAUUUACAAAAGAAAAAAUAUGAAAAAACAUGUCUAUGCAAACAUAAAUUUACCGCUACAAAGAAGUCAUGCAAACUACAACACAUACCAAACUAACUGUAAUUAAAUAUUUAGUAUGUACUAACAAAUUAUAUGUAAAUAGUUAAACUAAGCGCUAAGUUCCACAAAAAGCAAAAACAAAAAAAAAACAAAAAAUAAAAGCAAAUUGAAAAUAAAUAAGAAAAUAACUGUAUACAAAAACCUGGCACUCGAACACUGAACAAUUUCACGAAGCUAGUUUUGGCACGUGGAAAAUUGCUGGGGCGAGUAAGCGGCCAUAAGAAAUAACGGUAAUGAAUUUGCUGUCAAAAAAGCAAAAACAAAGCGAAGGAAAUCCAAAUUAAUGUAAAAGUAAUAACAAAUAAAAUGUAAGUGUAACGAAAAUAGUUGAAAGCUAUGAAAAAAAAUUACAAAAAAGCAUGUGCUAAUAUUAUUGUAUGUAUGUAUAAUUAAAAUUUAUUGAAUUUGUCACUUUUUAUACCCUACAAACCAAAAUUAUACCUAACUAUACAUGCUACACAUAAAUACGUACAUAAAAAAUAAUAAAAGGAACUAUCAUAUAUACAAAUUAUUUUGCGAUGCAUAAUAUUGCGGUGGGGUGUAGUGUCAAGAAGAAGAAGAAGAAGAAGAAGCAUGAAUUAACUAACUUUUGCUACUAAUUAACUAAAUAUGAAGAUAAAUAAACGCGAUAAAAAGUUAGUCCCUUUGACUAUUGCUGGCCUGCGAGCAAAUAUAAUAACGGUAGAUAUUUUUAAUUAAAACAAAUUAUAAAUUUACAAUAAUUAUUAUUGCAAAUAAACAUAAAAUAAUUAUGCGUAUUGUAUUUAUUUGAAGUUAAAAUAAAUAAAUACCUUAGCUAUGUUAAAAAAAAUGAAAAAUAUGUUUUUAUUUAAUUUCAAAAAUAAAAAACAAAAACUCCUUAAUUGCUUAAAAAUAUACGUAAAUUAUUGACUAUAUAAAUUGUUUACAAAAUUUAUAAUAACAAAUAGAAAUAAAAAAAUAAUAUAAUAAAAAUAUGUAAUUACAAAAAAACAAAUAACUGAACAGCUGAGUUUCAGAUUUCACUUGACAUUUAUGACAGCAAAUACGAAUGAUUUCUAAAGAAAAUACGAAACUAAGCUGCAUUUCCUAAUUUGUGCAUUUAAGUAGAUUUCAUGCCGUUUGUUGGAAGAUUUUUGUUCACUAUGACGCCAAAAAAACACGAGAUUAUUAAUUGGCUGGCUAAGCAAAGCAGUACAUACAUAUGUAUAUUAAUACAUAAGUAACACAACAUAUAGUAUAGCGCUGGAAUCAAUAAAAGAAUGCGGAAUCAAAACUCGAGCAAAGCAAACAAUAAUAAAGAGAGUAUUAAAUAUAAUAGCAA